GUGAUUCCUUUUGUUUACAUUUCGACCCGAAUUUCGACAUGGCCGACACGAAAUCCGGAGCUGGUCGUUAUUCGGCUGCCGGAGGCAGUGGAACCAGCGGUCUGUCGCCUCUGGUGCAAGGACCGGCGAACCUAGAGUGUAAGGAUUUCCAGGAAUAUCUGCGCACUCGCCAAACGCCCGAGACGCUGGAGAAGCUCUACAACUAUCCGCCCAUUUGUUUGGCCGUGUUCCGGGAGCUGCCCGAGAUCGCCAGGCAGUUUAUCAUACGGAUACUGUUCGUGGAUCAACCGGUGCCACAAGCGGUAGUCACCUCUUGGGGUGCUCAACGAUGUGCCAAGGAGCAAACGGAGGCUACCAGCUGUCUGACAGCGCUAAAUGUCUGGCGGGUCACAGCCAUUCCGGGUGGACUUUCCGCCUGGGAACUUUCUCCCACCUUCAAAAAAAGCGUGCGCCAGGUGCUGCUGGGCGGAGGAAAGCCUUGGCCCAUGACCAACACGCUGGAGAAGGAUUCGAAGCCCAGAGACAUCGCCUUCCUGGACCAAUACGCCAUGUCCCGCUGGCGCUGCGUGCUGCACUACAUGGUCGGCACUGGGAAUCGUAAUGGUAGCGAUGCGGAGGCGAUUAGUCCGGAUGCAGUAAGGAUUCUACUGCAUGCCAAUUUAAUGAAGCGUGAUGAACGCGAUGGCAUUACAAUAACCCGUCAGGGCUUCCAGUUCCUGCUGCUGGACACGCGGGCUCAGGUGUGGCACUUUAUGCUCCAAUACCUGGACACAUGCGAGGAGCGAGGGAUCAGCCUGCCCGAGUGUCUGUCCAUGCUGUUCCAGCUGAGUUUCUCGACGCUGGGCAGGGACUACAGUUCGGAGGGCAUGAACAACCAGAUGCUCACCUUCCUUCAGCAUCUAAGAGAGUUUGGAUUGGUCUUCCAGCGAAAGCGCAAGGAGGGUCGCUUUUAUCCCACUCGUUUGGCCCUGAAUGUGACCAGCAAGGAGGCGGCGGCGACUGCGUCUGUGGCUUCGGAAGAGGAGGGGACCCAUGACAGCGGCUACAUCGUGGUGGAGACGAACUACCGCGUGUAUGCCUACACCGACUCACCGCUCCAGGUGGCCGUCUUGGGUCUGUUUACGGAGCUGCUUUACCGCUUUCCCAAUCUCGUCGUGGGCGUGCUCACUCGAGAUUCAGUGCGUCAGGCGCUGCGCGGUGGAAUCACUGCCGAGCAGAUUGUCUCGUAUCUGGAACAGUAUGCCCAUCCAAACAUGCGGCUGGUGGAGUCCGCCAUCCAGUCCAAAUCCUGCCUGCCACCAACGGUCGUUGAUCAAAUUAAGCUGUGGGAAUUGGAACGAAAUCGUUUCACCUACACGGAGGGCGUCGUCUACAACCAGUUCCUCUCCCAGACGGAUUUCGUGACGCUAAGGGACUACGCCCAGUCGAUACACAUGCUGGUGUGGCAGAACGAGCGAACCCGCACCAUGGUGGUGCAGAAGAACGGCCACGACGACGUCAAGCGCUACUGGAAGAAGUACUCAAAGAGUGGAGUUUAAGCGGGAACUACUUCACUUCUGCGAAGGUUAUUCGAGAGCCACAUCCUCCUCCAUAUCGUUUUUAAGCUAACUGUUUAGUAUAUUGUUUAAUAAUUGAGUGGGAGAUAUAGCAUCGACAUAUAACGUACAAGAAGGAGAAUAAUAUUAAAGUACAUAGGUAUCAUAUACAAGAAAUUAUUACACACGAAACCACUUUAAAGCUUGACCUUAGAUCGUACUUCAGGGAGGGUCGACAUGUUAGAAUGCCAUUAAUUAAGAACUGAGCCGAAGGAAACGAUGUAAAAGCAAUUCGAAAUCAAUUUCUUGAAUACUUAAGGUCUGGUUGGACUUUUACAAAGGAAAUAUGGAACUGAUCAAUAAAUGAAUAUGCGUUCAACAAAUAAAACAUAUAUAAAACCA